UCAAAUAAUACUGUGCAAUCACAAGAAAAAAAAAACAUUGAAAAAUUUCAUUGUAUACACGGACACAAGCAAACCAAAAGUUAGUGAUGUUUUACUAGUUUUGUUUUUAAUAGUUAUCCUACAAAAUAUUCAAUAAAUAAAAUGGUUUAAAUCCAUUAAAAAUAAUGGCAAAUCGUCGGGCAUUAUUAGCCACAUCAAUGGAACCAUUAUCCAAUACAUCUGGUGAUCCAUUACGUGAACUUUUCGAAGCAUGUAAAACUGGUGAUAUUACUCGUGUUAGAAAAUUGGUAUCAUCUCAAACUGUAAAUGCACGGGAUACGGCUGGAAGGAAGUCAACACCAUUGCACUUUGCAGCUGGGUAUGGUAGACGGGAUGUAGUUGAAUUUUUAUUAGCAGCUGGUGCCUCAAUUCAAGCUCGUGACGAUGGUGGAUUACAUCCUUUACACAACGCAUGCUCAUUUGGACAUGCGGAUGUUGUACGAUUACUUUUAGAGGCAGGUGCUAAUCCAAAUACUCGAGAUAAUUGGAAUUAUACACCGCUUCAUGAAGCAGCCAUUAAGGGAAAAAUUGAUGUUUGCAUCGCAUUAUUACAACAUGGAGCUGAUCCAAACAUACGAAACACAGAGGGUAAAACCGCUUUGGAGCUGGCCGAUCCAUCAACACGACCCGUACUCACUGGUGAUUAUCGGAAAGAUGAAUUGUUAGAAGCUGCAAGGUCGGGUAAUGAAGAACGUCUUUUAACAUUAUUGAAUCCAUUGAACGUAAAUUGUCAUGCAAGCGAUGGUCGAAGAUCAACACCGUUACAUUUAGCUGCUGGUUAUAAUCGAGGUCGCGUUGUUCAGUUGUUAUUACAGCAUGGUGCAGAUGUUCAUGCUAAAGAUAAAGGUGGUUUGGUUCCAUUACAUAACGCUUGCUCGUACGGUCACUUUGAAGUAACAGAAAUGUUAAUCAAACAUGGAGCAAAUGUUAAUGCAAAUGAUUUAUGGGCUUUUACACCGUUACAUGAAGCCGCAUCAAAGUCACGCAUAGAAGUAUGUUCGUUGUUAUUAAGUGAAGGUGCUGAUCCAACACAUAUUAAUUGUCAUUCAAAAUCGGCGAUUGAUGUUGCACCUACGAGAGAAUUACAAGAACGAUUAGCAUAUGAAUAUAAAGGACACUGUUUAUUAGAAGCAUCACGUCAAUCAGAUCCAGCUAAAUUAAAAAAGUGUUUAACAAGUGAUUUAGUGAAUUUUAAACAUCCGUAUACAGGUGAUACACCAUUACAUGCUGCGGCUAAUUCUCCAUUUCCCAAACGAAAACAAAUUAUCGAAACGUUAAUACGUAAGGGGGCAUCUUUAAAUGAAAAAAAUAAAGAUUUCCUAACACCGUUGCAUAUUGCCGUGGAUAAUUCACAUUAUGAUGUUAUGGAUAUUUUAUUACGGCAUGGUGCUAAAGUGAAUUGUUUAGAUGGAUUAGGACAAACACCGUUACAUCGAUGUGUUCGUGAAGAUAAUAUUCAAGCGUGUAGAAUAUUAUUAUCGUAUAAUAUUGAUACGAGUAUUGUGUCGUUACAAGGUUUUACGGCUGCACAAAUUGCAUCGGAGAAUGUAUUAAAAAUUUUACAAGAUCCACCAUCUGGUAGUGCGGAUGUGGAAUGUCAACUUUUAGAAGCAGCUAAAGGUGGUGAUUUAGAACAAGUACAACGUUUAUUAGGCACAUUUCCACAUAUUGUAAACUGUCGUGAUUUAGAUGGUAGACAUUCAACACCACUUCAUUUUGCCGCUGGAUAUAAUCGAGUUGCUGUUGUUGAGUAUCUUUUAGAACAUGGUGCUGAUGUGCAUGCUAAAGAUAAAGGGGGUUUAGUUCCAUUGCAUAAUGCAUGCUCCUAUGGUCAUUAUGAAGUUACUGAGUUAUUAGUUAAACAUGGGGCUAGUGUGAAUGUGGCUGAUUUAUGGAAAUUUACACCGUUACAUGAAGCUGCGGCUAAAGGGAAAUAUGAAAUUGUUCGCUUAUUAUUAAAGCAUGGAGCUGAUCCAAGUAAAAAGAACAGAGAUGGUGCUACACCUUUAGAAUUAGUCAGAGAAGGCGAUCAAGACGUAGCCGAUUUAUUACGAGGAAAUGCUGCGUUAUUAGAUGCAGCUAAAAAAGGAAAUCUUGCAAGAGUUCAACGAUUAGUUACUUCCGACAAUAUUAAUUGUAGAGACGCUCAAGGUCGAAAUUCAACUCCAUUACAUUUAGCAGCUGGUUACAAUAAUGUUGAAGUAGCUGAAUUCUUGUUAGAUCAUGGCGCUGAUGUGAAUGCUCAAGAUAAAGGUGGUUUAAUUCCUUUACACAAUGCAUCAAGUUAUGGUCAUUUGGAUAUAGCAGCCUUAUUAAUUAAAUUUGAUACUGUUGUCAAUGCAACAGAUAAAUGGGGAUUUACACCUUUGCAUGAAGCUGCUCAAAAAGGACGAACACAACUUUGUGCCCUAUUGUUAGCACAUGGUGCUGAUCCUUACCUCAAAAAUCAAGAAGGACAAACACCACUUGAUUUAGCUUCUGCAGAGGAUGUACGAUGUUUAUUACAAGAUGCAAUGACGUCACAACAAAGUGUACCUGUAAUACCAGCAUCAGCACCACCUAGUCGACCACCAUCAAUAGCUGUAUCAACAAUAAUCCCAAGUUCACCUGUACCCACAACAGAAACGGUUAUAAUGCCUUCAGGGGCUUCCAUGACAUUAUGUAUUCCUAUCUCAGCACAAAAUCAAGGAAUGUCUCCAUUACCAUACAUUGAUGGUUGUUCGGAUUCUGUUAAAAUGGAAUCUAGUUCACAUGAAUGUUCAUCGUCGGUAGUGGCUAGUGUUUCUAGUUUCCUAACCAGUUUGGGGUUGGAACAUUUAUUAGAUUUAUUCGAAAGAGAACAAAUUACAUUAGAUAUAUUAGCUGAAAUGGGUCAUGAUGAUUUGAAACAAGUAGGUGUUACCGCUUACGGAUUUAGACAUAAAUUAAUUAAGGGCAUGGAACGACUUGUAUCAAGUGGUUUAGCUGGUAGUGGAUCAUCUUGGUCCGUACCGUCGAAUCCUGGAACAUUAUUAGUGGAUUUAUUAACAGAUGAUAAGGAAUUCUUAGCUGUAGAAGACGAAAUGCAAAAUACAAUACGUGAACAUCGUGAUAAUGGACAUUCUGGUGGUAUAUUCACUAGAUAUAACGUAGUUAGGAUACAAAAAGUUCAAAAUCGUAAAUUAUGGGAACGAUAUAUUCAUCGACGACAAGAAGUCUCCGAAGAGAAUAAUAAUCAAAGUAACGAACGUAUGCUAUUCCAUGGAUCACCAUUUAUAAAUGCAAUCGUUCAAAAAGGUUUUGAUGAACGACACGCAUAUAUUGGUGGUAUGUUUGGUGCUGGUAUUUAUUUCGCUGAACAUUCCUCAAAAAGUAAUCAAUAUGUAUUUGGAAUAUGUGGUGGUACCGGAUGUCCUAUGCAUAAAGAUCGAUCUUGUUAUAUUUGUCAUAGGCAUUUGUUACUCUGUCGUGUAACAUUAGGUAAAUCAUUCUUACAAUUUAGUGCAAUGAAAAUGGCACAUGCACCACCUGGACAUCAUUCGGUAAUGGGACGUCCAUCGGCUGGUGGUUUAAAUUUCCCCGAAUAUGUUGUAUAUAGGGGUGAACAAGCUUAUCCUGAAUAUUUAAUUACUUAUCAAAUAGUUAGACCUGAAGAAACAUCUAGUGGUACAGAAUCAGAGGUUAGAUGAGUUGAAAAUAAUCAUAUAAUAAAUAAUAAUACGUGUUUAGAAACAAUAUGGAAAAUAUUUACAUGUUGGACGUUUUGUAAUACAACCACUGAUGUUUGGAAUACUCAGACUACUGUUGUUGCUGUAUCGAAAUUUGCAGGUUGAGAUUAUCUAGAAAUUUUCUCAAAAAAAAAACUAGAAUUUUCUUUUUUCUGUUAAUGUACCUACUAUCAAUGGUGUUGUUUUUUUUAAUUUUUGUUGGGGACCAAUAUAUAAUAUAAUUAUAUAACAUUAAACUUUUUAAUUCAAUUUGUAUGGAGUGUUCGUAAAUUAUUGAAAUUAUGUAAUCUAAUAUUAAUGGAUUAGAUAAGUGUUUUUCAAAGUGUGGGUCGCAAGUUUUUUUCCAUUUUUUUUUUCGAAAAUGGUACAGUAGAUCGUUUUGAAAUUUGGUAUUUACGUUUAGUAGGGUGUCGAGCUCACGUGUGAAUUUUUUUUAUCGAAAUCCUAAGUAUCUUAAAUCUUUAAUCUGUCUAGAUUAGUUAGUAUUUAAUCCGGUAUACGAUAAUUUCGAAAUACGAAGUUUUGGAAGAAAGAUGUUUAGGUAUUAAAAAUCUUAAUUAAUUUGAUUUUAUUAUGUAAUAUUAAUAAAUUACGAACACUUUGUGUUUAAUGAAAAAAUGUGAAUAAUAGGGUAUGAAUGGAAUAAAUGAACUCAUAUAAUGUAGGCUUGAAGAAAAUAUUAAGGUGAAACUUCUUUAGUGCAAUUCAGUUUGUUGUAAGACAAUAAAAUGAAAAAACGACAUGUACAAAAUAAAGAAUAGAUUGAGAAAGACAGAGAGAUAUUGAUAGUUAAAUAAGUUAAUAAUAAUACAUAAGAGGGGUACCGUAAAUGGAUCCUUAGAGCUUAUAUCAAGGGAUUCUCUGUGCCCUCCUUGUGAACAACCAGCCACCGGAGGUGAGACAUCUCCGGAAAAGGGAUGCUAUUUUAUGACGCCUCGCAGAAAGCCCACAUCUUCUCCGCCGCGUAUCUAAAUAAGUCUGAUUGAGUGAAAACAUUUAGAUAUAUUAUUAAAAAGUUUUAAAAACCCCAUAGAUAAAAGCUAUAGUAUGGUUAUAAUUCUUAGGAAUUAAAUCGAAACUAUUGGUCUCCAAAGAAAAAUUCUUUAGUAUAUCUAGUAUUCUUCAUAGAUUAUAUCUUACGAGAGUUAGUACAUUUAAAUCGUUGUAUUAGAGUCCUAGAACCGCACAAAACUAAUACAUUGAUAAAGAGACAAAAUUUUUCUUCUUACAAUCUUCUACUUAACAUUCUCUGAGACGGUUUUCUGGCACAUCCUUUAUUUCUAAAAAUAUUUGAGUAAAAAUUCCCUAACCUAGUUGACAGGAUGGCGUGAUAUAUUUUAUAAUUUAUAUCACGAGGGAAUGUUGAGUUUCGUUUUUAAUUUUAGGAAUAAUUUAAUUGAAAAUGGUGUUGUCCUAACUCUCAAUAGAAAAUCUUAAUCUUUCUCUUUCAACUGUCAUUAUUAGACUACAGAAAUUUCACUUUAAAUA